AUGGAGAACUCUACUCACUUCACGAUCGUUAGGCUUUCUGCAUACGGGGAUAUCGGACAAAUGAAGUAUUUCUACAUUGCUGUAGUAACUGUAUUAUAUUUUGUCAUCAUUCUUGCCAAUGCUUUGCUUAUUGGAGUUAUCUGCAUUGAAAGAAGCCUUCAUGAAUCCAUAUACAGUGGGGAGAACAAGUAUUUGAUACACUGCCGAUUUUGCAGGUUUUCCUACUUACAAAUCAUGUAGAGGUCUGUAAUUUUUAUCAUAGGUACACUUCAACUGUGAGAGACGAAAUCUAAAACAAAAAUCCAGAAAUCACAUUGUAUGAUUUUUAAGUAUUUCAUUUGCAUUUUAUUGCAUGACAAAAGUAUUUGAUACAUCAGAAAAGCAGAACUUAAUAUUUGGUACAGAAACCUUUGUUUGCAAUUACAGAGAUCAUAAGAUUCCUGUAGGUCUUGACCAGAUUUGCACACACUGCAGCAGUGAUUUUGGCCCACUCCUCCAUACAGACCUUCUCCAGAUCCUUCAGGUUUCGGGGCUGUCGCUGGGCAAUAUGGACUUUCAGCUCCCUCCAAAGAUUUUCUAUUGGGUUCAGGUCUGGAGACUGGCUAGGCCACUCCAGGACCUUGAGAUGCUUCUUACGGAGCCACUCCUUAGUUGCCCUGGCUGUGUGUUUUGGGUCGUUGUCAUGCUGGAAGACCCAGCCACGACCCAUCUUCAAUGCUCUUACUGAGGGAAGGAGGUUGUUGGCCAAGAUCUCGCGAUACAUGGCCCCAUCCAUCCUCCCCUCAAUACGGUGCAGUCGUCCUGUCUCCUUUGCAGAAAAGCAUCCCCAAAGUAUGAUGUUUCCACCUCCAUGCUUCACGGUUGGGAUGGUGUUCUUGGGGUUGUACUCAUCCUUCUUCUUCCUCCAAACACGGCGAGUGGAGUUUAGACCAAAAAGCUAUAUUUUUGUCUUAUCAGACCACAUGACCUUCUCCCAUUCCUCCUCUGGAUCAUCCAGAUGGUCAUUGGCAAACUUCAGACGGGCCUGGACAUGCGCUGGCUUGAGCAGGGGGACCUUGCGUGCGCUGCAGGAUUUUAAUCCAUGACGGCGUAGUGUGUUACUAAUGGUUUUCUUUGAGACUGUGGUCCCAGCUCUCUUCAGGUCAUUGACCAGGUCCUGCCGUGUAGUUCUGGGCUGAUCCCUCACCUUCCUCAUGAUCAUUGAUGCCCCAUGAGGUGAGAUCUUGCAUGGAGCCCCAGACCGAGGGUGAUUGACCGUCAUCUUGAACUUCUUCCAUUUUCUAAUAAUUGCGCCAACAGUUGUUGCCUUCUCACCAAGCUGCUUGCCUAUUGUCCUGUAGCCCAUCCCAGCCUUGUGCAGGUCUACAAUUUUAUCCCUGAUGUCCUUACACAGCUCUCUGGUCUUGGCCAUUGUGGAGAGGUUUGAGUCUGUUUGAUUGAGUGUGUGGACAGGUGUCUUUUAUACAGGUAACGAGUUCAAACAGGUGCAGUUAAUACAGGUAAUGAGUGGAGAACAGGAGGGCUUCUUAAAGAAAAACUAACAGGUCUGUGAGAGCCGGAAUUCUUACUGGUUGGUAGGUGAUCAAAUACUUAUGUAAUGCAAUAAAAUGCAAAUUAAUUACUUAAUCAUACAAAGUGAUUUUCUGGAUUUUAGUUUUAGAUUCCGUCUCUCACAGUUGAAGUGUACCUAUGAUAAAAAAUUACAGACCUCUACAUGCUUUGUAAGUAGGAAAACCUGCAAAAUCGGCAGUAUAUCAAAUACUUGUUCUCCCUACUGUAUCUGUUAUUCAGUUGCAUUGGCAAUUUUAGCAGGUAAAUAUUGGUGGGGCAAACACAUUUUUUGUGGGGGGCUGCAUGCCAGGAAAGUGAAACAGUUAAUUCAGCCUAAUUUACUGCCUUUAAAAAAAACAUAGCUAAUAUGGCUGACUUGCUUAAACAAAUGUGGCUUCUACUGACAAUUGAGAUGUACAAACGAUAGCGCAUAAGGGGACGACAAUCGGAUAAGAGGCAAUCCGUAAUUUCGAUUAAGACAUUAAUGAGCGAGCUAGGAUGGACGUAGUCAAUAUAGCUAUUUGUUCAGCACUUUUGAAAUGUACAGCGACAUAAUUCAGAACAUGGGCCAUUCUUACAGUGUUCUCCCUGUACACCAAGUCAGAACCGUAGGAUAAAUAAUGGGGGCAUAUAAGCAGACAACGAAAGCUUUUACAAUAUUCGAUGAUUAUAAUAUCUCUAAAACAGGUUAUAGGCUACUUGUGCACCACCAAGUCAGAACAGUAGGCGAAAUUAAGAGGAGAAAAUAGACCAAAUUAUUAGGGUGAGGCACAUGGCUUACUAACAGCUUACUACAUAACAUACACUUAGUAUUACUUUCUUAGCUACAGUAUACAUAUCUCCAUGGCAUAUUACAUAAUUUAUGCAGCAGCAUACAAGACAUUUGUGGACUCACCUUGUUGUGCUGCGCUCACUUGAACAGGAAGGUGGCGCGGCGGUCCUUCGCAGGAACAUUUUGUCAUCAAACUUUGUCGUCAAAGUCUGGCAUUCUCUGGAUUUAUGGUGCUUUCAAGACAACUGAGAACUCUGAAAAAAACAAGGUUGAAUCAUGAUAACGUCAGGGAUCUUCAGGUCGUAGCUCUGGAAAGAGGCCCGAGUUCCCGACUUACAAUUCCAAGUUGGAUGACCGUUCAAAACAUAUUUUCCCAGUCGUAGCUUGUUUUUUCCCCGAGUUCACAGUUGUCUCAAACUCACUUUAGUAAGAUUUCCCAGUUUCGAGUAAACAGUUGUUAUGAGCACAGCAGAAAUCAUGCUGGAUUGACAGAAUGGCCAAUGUUGAAUGUUUAACAUUAUAAGCUUGGAAAAGAGACCCAUAAACCCAGACUUGGGACCACAAAGCCACUCCACUGAAUAGCAGGCUAGUGAUUUCUUUGCAAUGCUUGCAGUUAGUCACUGAUUCCUUCCAAACCACUCAUGGUUGAAUUUGCCAUUUCCAACUUGUGUAACGUUUAUGUCCAAUGGCCCAUGAGCACCAAUAAGUUUUAUUUAUAAUUUCUCUUCAUUAUUUCUCUUCAUAUGACAAGUAUUAAAAAAUAUUUGCCAGUAGAUUGUCCACUUGAUUCAUGAUGAUGACUGCUAGCUAAGAUUUUGAAAGUAUGAUGUUGACAUGAUCAGUCCAAUCAAAGCUACUGUAGAUAUAACGUGAUUUGACGUGAAUUUAUCUGUGGCCAAUGACCUUGAGACUUCUUGGAUGGGCACUUCUAAUGUUACUCUAUGUCAGCACCCAAGGGGCUUGAAUUUUCGAGCUCUACCCUGAGAUUUGGCGGUGACGUAGUGUCCCCAAUGAUUUUUUUUUUUUUUGUUUGAAAACUGAUAUGUGACACGUAUUUGUCACGUUCGUUUAUAGACGGGACGGACCAAGGCGCAGCGUGAUAUGCAUUUAUAUGAAACACAACCGACAAAACAACAAAUGAAACGAAACGUGAAGUCCAAGGUAGACAAACAACAUACCUCACACGGAACAAGAUCCCACAACCCACUAGUGCCAAUAGGCUGCCUAAGUAUGGUCCCCAAUCAGAGAAAACGAGCGACAGCUGGCUUGGUGCGAGGGACAGGAACAGGCCGGACGGGGCUGGCGACGCGCACCACUGGCUUGGUGCGAGGGACAGGAACAGGCCGGACCGGGCUGGCGACGCGCACCACUGGCUUGGUGCGAGGGACAGGAACAGGCUGGACCGGGCUGGCGACGCACACCACUGGCUUGGUGCGAGGGACAGGAACAGGCCGGACCGGGCUGGCGACGAGCACCACUGGCUUGAUGCGAGGAGCAGGAACGGGCCGGACCGUACUGGGAACACACACCACUGGCUUGGUGCGAGGGACUGGAAUGGGUCGGGCCAUACUGGGAACACGCACCACUGGCUUAGUGCGGGGAGCAGGAAUGGGCAGGACCGGACUGGCGACACACACCACUUGCUUGGUGCGAGGAGCGGGACUGGGUUCCUUUAUUAAUCCUUCUGCUGCCUAACCAGCUCCUCUCGCCGUGCCUCUACACCUUCCUUCUCCCUUUUAGCCUCCUGUAUCUCCUCCCUCUGACCGAAUAACUCCUGCUCCCUCUGAACCAAUAGCCCCCGUAACAUGGUGGCCUCCUCUCCUAACCUGCAGAUCCGCCCUGUCGCUGCCUCCUGCUGCCUCGUCGUCCACACCGUGUGCCCCCCCCAAAAAAAUAUUCUUGGGGUUGCCUCUCGGGUCUCCGUCGUCGGCACUCCUCUUCCUGUGAGGACUCCUCCGGGAGCCCCCACGAGUUAGGGAACAGACACUCGUCGUCAUCGUCAUCCUCCGACUCCUCAGUGAAAUACUGUUCCCACUCCUCUUCCCAAGGUCGUAGGGACCCAAUCUGAAACCCAACCGGGUGCAGUGGUCGGGGCUCUUCUCUAUCGCUCCCCGACCACCCCUUUAUCCCCCCUCAAAAUUUUUCUUGGGGCUACUUCUCGGGCCUCCUCCUCGGCCGGCUUCCGUGUUGCCGUUGCUCCUCUCCUGCCUGGGCAUCUAACUUUGCCCAUGGCCAUUUCCCCACGAAAAUCUCUUCCCAUGACCACAAUUUACCCACCUGUGACAUGGCUAUUCGCUCUUCCUGGGCAUGCUGCUUGGUCCUCGUUUGGUGGGAUCUUCUGUCACGUUCGUUUAUAGACGGGACGGACCAAGGCGCAGCGUGAUAUGCAUACAUGUUUAUUUAUAUGAAUAAACAACCGACAAAACAACAAAUGAAACGAAACGUGAAGUCCUGUCACGCCCUGGCUCUGGGGACACUUGUAUGUUGAGCCAGGGUGUGAGUUUCAUUUGUUUUUCUAGUAGUUGUAUUUCUAGGUUGGCCAGAGUGGUUCCCAAUCAGAGGCAACGAGUGUCAGCUGUUGCUGGUUGUCUCUGAUUGGGAACCAUAUUUAGACAGGUUGUUUUCCCACAGUGGUUGUGGGACCUUGUUCCAGUGUGGUUUGUGUUUAGACCGUGGACGUCACGUUAUCGUUUUUGUUGUUUUGUUCGGUUAUUCACUAAUAAAGAGUAUGUUUGCCUUCAACGCUGCGCCUUGGUCCUCCUCUGUUCCCGACGAUCGUGACAGAAGAUCCCACCAGAACUGGACCAAGCAGCGGGUCCAGGAACCAUCGCCAGGGAAAUCUCUGGCGGAUAUCCAGCGCCUCCUCGACUGGGUCAAGCCGGGUGAGCAAGAGAGGGGCUUGACGUGGAAGCAGAAGGGCGAAAGGCUGGCGAGAAGUAUGGAGACCUGGUCCACAGGUAGGAGAGAAGCCCAGACAUUUUUUAGGGGGGGGCUAACGCCGUGGACGACGGGGCAGCAGGAGACCGCGAUAGAGCGGCCCAGCGAGUUGGCAGAGGAGGCCGCCAGGUUACGGGGGCCACUGGUCAAAGAGGGGAAGGAAGGUGUAGAGGCACGGCGAGAGGUACUGGGGUGUGUUACCAGUCCGGUCCGGCCCGUUCCAGAUCCUUGCGUAGGGCCAGUGGUGUGUGUCCCCAGUACGGUCCGGUCUGUUCCUGCUCCCCGCACCAAGCCAAUGGUGCGCGUCGCCAGCCCGGCCCGUCCUGUUCCUGCUCCCCGCACCAAGCCAAUGGUGCGCGUCGCCAGCUCGGCCCGGCCUGUUCCUGCUCCCCGCACCAAGCCUAUGGUGCGCGUCGCCAGCCCGGCCCGGCCUGUUCCUGCUCCCCGCACCAGGCCAAUGGUGCGCGUCGCCAGCCCGGUCCGGCCCGCUCCUGCCCCCCGCACCAAGCCUAUGGUGCGCGUCGCCAGCCCGGCCCGGCCCGUUCCUGCUCCCCGCACCAGGCCAAUGGUGCACGUCGCCUGUUCCUCCGGUGCCUGGUCCCGGCACCGGUCAGCUGCUUCACGCCGGAGCUAGAGCAAUCCGCUCCACCAGUGUGCAGUCCAACAUAGAUCUAGAAAACCUAGAUCACCAACAUAGAAAAUCACAACAUGGAAUAUACACACCCUGACUCAACAUAUAAGCGUCCUCUGAGUCAGGGCGUGACAGUAUUAAUGCAAAAAUAACAUGCAAAACAGAGUGUAUUGUGUCAACUACUCCGCAGUCAAGCUUGCAUGUUCAAAUAUUACGCUGAAUAACAUAUGGGGUGUUGUUGCCACUUUGCUUUCUUUUUCUUGUACUUUAUUUCCUACCAUAUACUCAUGUCAAUUUCUACAAAUAUGUUUAAAGUCUUCGAAAGAGACGAAACAGAAAGCAUUUAACACUUGUACACCACAUAUAGCCUCUUUGCUGAUCUUCUCCUUUGGCUAGUUUGUUAUUCUACAAGGCAGAUAUGAAACUGCACAUCUUCCACCUAUACUUCACACUAUUGUAUUUGUUUAUUUUCUACUAUGUCCACCAUUUUUUUAUCCUAUUAUAUUUGACAUCAGGCAGGCUUGUAAAAAGAUACUAUGCCUUUAACCUACGACAUAUACAGAUGUUUUCUUUUAGGUUUUUUUUGUAAUCGAUGCUAUAAUUGACUAUACAGAUAUGUAGGAUUUUUGCAUAAUUUCUCUGUAGCCCAAAUAUUAUUUAAGAAAUUGCAUGAAGUUUAUCAUGUAUUGUCACUGAGAAUGUUUUGUAUUAUAUUACGCAUCUGAUCAUAAUUCACCAAUUAAAUAUGGUGUUCCUGUCACGUUCGUUCAUAGACGGGACGGACUAAGGCGCAGCGUGAUAUGCAUACAUGUUUAUUUGAAACGAAUAAACAACGACAAAACAACAAACUAAACGAAGUCUGAAGUCCAAGGUACACAAACAACAUACCUCACACGGAACAAGAUCCCAACAACCCACUAGUGCCAAUAGGCUGCCUAAGUAUGGUCCCCAAUCAGAGACAACGAGCGACAGCUGCCUCUGAUUGGGAACCACACCAGCCAACAUAGAUCUAGACAUACUAGACUAUAAACAUAGAUCUACACCACAUAGAAAAUCACACCCUGACUCAACAAAUAAGAGUCCCCAGACUCAGGGCGUGACAGUUCCCAAAACUCUCACGUAUCUUUAUUACUUUCAAACCUCAGAAGUCUUAUAAUGUACAUAUAUUAUCGGGAUGUUUUUUUUAAGAAAAAGAUUGAGGGGGAUGUGAAUUAUUUUUGUUAAAAAUAUUGUGUUUAGUCCGAGCUAACACAUAAUCAAAUAAUUCGCGUUCAUUCACAGCCAUACACACUCAAGCCUUGUAAGACCUAGGAAUUGCUGCCUUGACCACAGAAAGAAAAUUAACAAAGGCUACAGAGAACUCAACCCAAGUCAAGUUAUUUUAACUCUUUGGCAUACAACAUCUCAGUCUAUUUCAUCGUGCCUCUCAUCACAUACCUAUUCAAUAUUACUGUGAAUCUGACUCUGAUCAUUAAAAUCAUUCAAAGGCCGCCAUGAGCACAUUGAUAUAUUUCAUUGUAAUUUACAGUGUGUCAAUGGAUUGUACGGAACCGUUGGUUUCUACCCCAAGUUCUUACUGGACCUUCAGUCAGAUGUUCAGGUGAUAUCUUAUGGUGGAUGUUUGAUUCAAGCCUAUAUAAUAUACACAUCUGUCAUGUGUAAAAUUACUAUUCUAACAGUGAUGUCUUACGACAGGUACGUGGCAAUAUGCAGACCAUUACUAUACCAUACCAUUGUGACAUCUUUAACUGUUAGAAAGUUACUCUUCUUUCUAGGUGUUAUCCUUUAUUUAUAGCACUCAUAAUACUUAGUUUAACAGUCAGAAUUCCUUUCUGUGGAUCUCACAUUGAUAAAAUAUUCUGUGACAAUCCUUCUACAGUGAGGGAAAAAAGUAUUUGAUCCCCUGCUGAUAUUGUACGUUUGCCCACUGACAAAGAAAUGAUCAGUCUAUAAUUUAAUGGUAGGUUUAUUUGAACAGUGAGAGACAGAAUAACAACAACAAAAUCCAGAAAUGAGGGAAAUAAGUAUUUGACCCUCUCUAAAUCAGAAAGAUUUCUGGCUCUUAAAGGGAAGUGCUCCUAAUCUCAGCUUGUUACCUGUAUAAAUGACACCUGUCCACAGAAGCAAUCAAUCAAUCAGAUUCCAAACUCUCCACCAUGGCCAAGACCAAAGAGCUCUCCAAGGAUGUCAGGGACAAGAUUGUAGACCUACACAAGGCUGGAAUGGGCUACAAUACCAUUGCCAAGCAGCUUGGUGAGAAGGUGACAACAGUUGGUGCGAUUAUUCGCAAAUGGAAAAAACACAAAAGAACUGUCAAUCUCCCUCGGCCUGGGGCUCCAUGCAAGAUCUCACCUCGUGGAGUUGCAAUGAUCAUGAGAACGGUGAGGAAUCAGUCCAGAACUACACGGGAGGAUCUUGUCAAUGAUCUCAAGGCAGCUGGGACCAUAGUCACCAAGAAAACUAUUGGUAACACACUACGCCGUGAAGGACUGAAAUCCUGCAGCGCCCGCAAGGUCCCCCUGCUCAAGAAAGCACAUAUACAGGGCCGUCUGAAGUUUGCCAAUGAACAUCUGAAUGAUUCAGAGGAGAACUGGGUGAAAGUGUUGUGGUCAGAUGAGACCAAAAUCGAGCUCUUUAGCAUCAACUCAACUCGCUGUGUUUGGAGGAGGAGGAAUGCUGCCUAUGACCCCAAGAACACCAUCCCCACCGUCAAACAUGGAGGUGGAAACAUUAUGCUUUGGGGGUGUUUUUCUGCUAAGGGGACAGGACAACUUCACCGCAUCAAAGGGACGAUGGACGGGGCCAUGUACCGUCAAAUCUUGGGUGAGAACCUCCUUCCCUCAGCCAGGGCAUUGUAAAUGGGUCGUGGAUGGGUAUUCCAGCAUGACAAUGAACCAAAACACAUGGCCAAGGCAACAAAGGAGUGGCUCAAGAAGAAGCACAUUAAGGUCCUGGAGUGGCCUAGCCAGUCUCCAGACCUUAAUCCAAUAGAAAAUCUGUGGAGGGAGCUGAAGGUUCGAGUUGCCAAACGUCAGCCUCGAAACCUUAAUGACUUGGAGAAGAUCUGCAAAGAGGAGUGGGACAAAAUCCCUCCUGAGAUGUGUGCAAACCUGGUGGCCAACUACAAGAAACGUCUGACCACUGUGAUUGCCAACAAGGGUUAUGCCACCAAGUACUAAGUCAUGUUUGGCAGAGGGGUCAAAUACUUAUUUCCCUCUUUUUUUGAUGUUAUUCUGUCUUUCACUGUUCAAAUAAACCUAACAUUAAAAUUAUAGACUGAUCAUGUCUUUGUCAGUGGGCAAACGUACAAAAUCAGCAGGGGAUCAAAUACUUUUUUCCCUCACUGUAUACUGAAGCAUUCAUGUUUACCCAUUACCAUCAAUUGGAUUUGGAGUCCAUGUUUAAUAGUGGUUCAUGUUUUACAGGUACUUUUCAUUGUCUUUUCUUACUGUCAGAUUGUAAGGGCUUAUGUAAAGUCAGCUGA